AUGGAUUCAGCAUCAUCUUCAAAAACAUCUACAAGAUCUACAGCCAAACGUACUUUAGAAGGUAUAGUCACUAUAAUACAAACUAAUAAUGACAAUUCAGAUGAAGCAUCUUAUUGUACAAUAUGUUUAGAUACUUUGACUAGUACUGGUUCACAUAAACCAGUAUGUUUGAAAUGUGGGUAUAUUUUCGGAGAGAAUUGUUUAAUAAGAUGGAUUAAAACUGAAAAUGAUAGUGGUUCAAGUAGAUGUUCAACAUGUAACACAAAAGCGAGUUUAAAAGAUAUUAGAGUUUUAUAUACUAAAAACGUAACUGUUGAUAAUACAGCAGAGAUAACUGCUGUUGAACGUAAAUUGAUAGAGGCAAAUCAUGCAAAACACUUAAUGGAAAUGGAAGCAGAACGGUGGAAAUCGAAUGCUAAAACAUUGGAUAUCGAAGUGAAAAGAUUAAAAAGGCUACGUUAUGAUGGCCACACUGAACCUGCAGCAUGUCAACGAACAUUUACUGUAUGUAAAAACCAGAGCUGUAGAGUUAUGGCAUAUAAUACAAAUAAUAGGAUGUUGGUGAUGUCACAUCAACCUGAUACAACAACAUUGGAUUCAUACGAGAUCAGAAAAAUGGAUUUUGUGGUCGUGUUGGUUGUUGGUGGUCAAAUGGGGUCCGUGUAUUAUAUCGACCGCAAGUUUAUGAAAGUGUUUAACUCUGAACAAAUCCAAAAACUUGGUUGUGUUUCUCUUAAUCUACUCCCACCAUCACCAUCUCGAUCAUUCAUGAGUGGUGGAUUUUUAAAGACAAAAAUGGACCAUUUGUCCGUACUCGAAGAAACUCUGGAUAACGAUUAUUAUACAUACAAAGAGACUGAAUUGCCAUUGACAGGACUCUGGAGUAGUACUUCAUAUGAUUGUCAAUCAAAUCUAGUCCUAACAUCUGCUAGACCUUAUGGUCCCUUCAAGACAAGUAGACAUAUUGUGUCUAAAUUUGCUGAUUUUGAUGAAGAAGGACCUAUAUUAACUCAAGUGGUCACAUUUUAUGCUGGAGAUAAGUCAACACAAUUAUAUCGUCCGUGCUUGGUUCCAUCAAGCGGUGGAUACAACGAUGACUCACUAGUGUGUUGUUAUGAUGAAGGAUCCGGUACCAUCAAAGUAUUCAAUGUUAAUAAGAAGAAAAAUGUUAACGAUUUCAAGGUUACUGACAAUAUUUUGGAUCUAUGUCCCUUACCCGGCAUAACCAUACAAGGCAGACGUAUAGUAGCUGGCUUGUCAAAAAAUAGUGUUAGUAUAUUCUCUGUUUAA